AUGACCAGCACGUCGAGCAAGGACUUCACGUACGCGAUGGGGCCGAUGAAAAUCCUCUCGUGGCCGGUGGGCACCUGGCCGCUCCAGAAAUACGACUUCUUCUCGGGAAUGCGCUGCGUCGUCUCUGUUGUGCUUCUGUUGCUGACGUUGGUCGUGAUAAACACGGAGCUCUACCUGGACAGCAGCGACUCCGAGAAGAACCUGGACGCCGUGGUGCUGGUGACCUGCAGCAUCCUGUCGAUUUGGAAGCUGGUGAUGUUCCGGGUGCGCAGCGAGGGCCUAGUCGCGAACUUCACCUCCGCGGUCAGGGAUUACAACGAGCACGAGGGCGACGAGAAGCGCGCGAUCAUGCGGCACCACGCGUACAUGGGUCGCGUCGCGUGCGGCUGCGUGAUCUUCUUCUCGUACUUCGGAUCGACGGUGUUCACCGCCGCGCCGAUGCUGGCCGACGAGGAAGAGGAAGAGGAGUUCCUCAACGCCACGCAGGACACCGUGAUGGACUACCCCAUGCCCUCCGAGGCCCUGCUGAACAUGCUGGAUCCGCCCGCAAGCCUGUAUCCGCUGAUCUACGUCGGGGAAUACCUGCUGCUGCUGAUGAUAAGCACCGGGAACCUCGGUAGCGACUCGUUGUUCUUCGGCAUCAUUUUCCACCUGUGCGGCCAGGCGGAGGUGUUGAAGCUGGACUUCAGCAAGUUCGUCGGGGACACCGUGGAGAGCACCUCGGCCCGUUUCAACGUGCUAGUCGCCAGGCACCAGCAUCUGCUGCAACUGUCCCGGCAUCUGAACAAGACCAUCAGCCUCGUUAUGGUUAUGCAAUUGUUCACGAGCUGCCUGCUUAUCUGCACGACCGGAUUCCAGUUCAUACUAUCCCUGAGCGAGGACAACAUCGUGAUGGUGGUGAAAACGUUCAUAGUGGUGAUCACCCUGCUGACGCAGCUGUUCGCGUACAGUUACAUAGGCGAGUACAUGAAGAACCAAUUCGAGGACGUCGGGUACUGGACUUACUGCAGCGACUGGUACACCGUGCCGCGCAAGGUGUCGCUGAACACCGUCUUCGUCCUGAUGAGGACCCAAGAUCCCGUGCAACUGAAAGCUGCGGACUUCUUCGUCGUCAACAUGGAGACGUACAUGAGCAUAGUGAAAACAUCUGUGUCCUACCUGUCCGUCCUACGCGCGAUGGUUAACUCGUGA